AUGAGUUGGUCCUCACACCCCCGGAGUUUAAUCCUCUGCUUCUACACUCUUUCAUUGCUCUCUUCAACAUGCCUGGCAUAUAUUGCUACCCGAGACAACUGCUGCAUCUUAGAUGAAAGAUUUGGUAGUUAUUGCCCAACUACCUGUGGAAUUGCAGAUUUCCUGUCUACUUACCAAACCAGUGUAGACAAGGAUCUACAGAAUUUGGAAGGCAUCUUACGUCAGGUUGAGAACAAGACAUCAGAAGCCAAAGAGUUGGUCAAAGCAAUCCAGAUCAGCUACCACUCUGAUGGACCAGCAAAGCCAAAUGGGAUAGAGAGUGCUACCAAGAUUUCCAAGAAAAUGUUGGAAGAAAUUAUGAAAUACGAAACAUUGAUUUCAACACAUGAAUCAACAGUUCGAUUUUUGCAGGAAAUAUAUAAUUCAAAUAAUCAAAAAAUCAUCAACCUGAAACAGAAAGUGGUCCAACUGGAAGCAAAGUGUCAGGAACCUUGUCAAGAUACAGUGAAAAUACAUGAUACAACUGGGAAAGAUUGUCAAGACAUUGCCAAUAAGGGGGCCAGAGAGAGUGGGCUUUACUUUAUCAAACCUCUGAAAGCUAAGCAGCAGUUCUUAGUAUACUGUGAAAUUGAUGGGUCUGGAAAUGGAUGGACUGUGUUUCAGAAGAGGCUUGAUGGCAGUGUGGAUUUCAAGAAAAACUGGAUUCAAUAUAAAGAAGGGUUUGGACAUCUGUCUCCUACUGGAAACACAGAAUUUUGGCUGGGAAAUGAGAAGAUUCAUUUGAUAAGCACACAGUCUACCAUCCCAUAUGUAUUAAGAGUGCAGUUGGAGGAUUGGAAUGGCAGAACCAGUACUGCAGACUAUGCUACGUUCAGGGUGACAGGUGAAAAUGACAAAUACCGCAUGACAUAUGCCUACUUUAUUGGUGGAGAUGCUGGAGAUGCGUUUGAUGGCUACGAUUUUGGCGAGGAUACUAGUGACAAGUUUUUCACAUCCCACAAUGGCAUGCAGUUCAGUACCUGGGACAAUGACAACGAUAAGUUUGAAGGCAACUGCGCUGAACAGGAUGGAUCUGGUUGGUGGAUGAACAAAUGUCAUGCUGGCCACCUCAAUGGAAUUUAUUACCAAGGCGGCACUUACUCAAAAACAUCUACUACUAAUGGUUAUGAUAAUGGCAUUAUUUGGGCCACUUGGAAAUCCCGGUGGUAUUCAAUGAAGAAAACCACCAUGAAAUUAAUCCCAUAUAACAGAAUCGCUAUUGGAGAAGGACAGCAACACCACCUUGGGGGAGCCAAACAGGUCAGACCAGAACAUCAUGUUGAAAUAGAAUAUGACUAA